ACGUAAACACAGUCGAACGCUGCUAUCUCGGCGAAGCAGAGUUCGCGAUACAUAAGCGUCAAUUGUCUCGCGAUUAUCGGGCGCCUGCGUUUAUAUACGUACGAAGGCGCGUUUAAAGGGCGGAUAUUACCUUAAGGAAUCCUCGUUCACGAAUGAUCAUCGCGGCAAUCGUGAAGAUGCGAUACCCGUGCGAAUGAGCAGAUUCCUAGAAGACUAUAGCUUUUUGGAUACAGUGAUAUAUAAGCUUGAAUUAGUUUGAUCAAGAGCAAAAAAGAUUGCAAUCAUGGAAUCAUCAGAUAGAAAGAAUGUAUAUCUUACGAAAACUGGCGAUAACUCUUUAAAUUCUGGAAUGAGAGACACUAUGAUUGUUGGCCAAACUAAUAUGGCACCAGAAUGUGGUGGGGAAGGUGUGAUGAAACCCAAUAAUGUGUCCAAUGUCUCCACUAAUCAAACUAAGUGGUCCAAUACUCAGGGUAAAAAUUUUAUCAUCAAUGCAGUGCCAGUGAAGAAUGAGAUUGUACAUCUGGAAGAUGGUAAUGCGCAUUGCAACACUAAGAAAAUGUAUUACUAUGAUAGACAUUAUACUGGUCAUGAGGAACCAGAGAGACCAACACGUAGAGGAACAAAGAGAUAUAGAGACAAAGAUGCUCCAAAACGAGCUUUAUCUGCAUUUUUUUACUUUUGCCAAGAGCUACGUGGCAAGAUGAGGGAAUUGCAUCCCGAGAUGGGAGUAGGUGACAUUGCGAAGGAAUUAGGAAAAUUGUGGAUGAGCACGGAUCUGCAAACAAAAUCUAAAUACAUGGCAAUUGCAGAAGAGGACAGAGCCAGAUAUGAAAGAGAAAUAAUUGCGUACAACAAGAGAGUGAAAAAUUACGAUCCAGAAGAAGUUGGAACUGUAUAAGUUGGAUGCAUGCGAGACAGAUAAAAACGAUGACCUGAUUCUCAUUGGAACACUGGAGCGCAGCAAGAGUACAGGACGAUAUUAUUACUAACAUAGUAUUACUAUUGUUGUAUAUAUUAUGUACACUGUUGAUAUUGUCCGCAAAAGAGAGCAACUGACUUGCAAAAAUUCGAUUAUAAUACUUGUGAUGAUAAAAGAAAAAAAAACAUCCAGAUUCAGAGAAGAACAAAUUCCAUUUUAUAAUGAAUUUCUCCAUCACACGGGCAGACGCUAUAUCAUAUACAUGACUAACGUGUGCUAAUAUAUAUAAAUAUACCGAUGAUAUAUAAUGCAAGUACGAACCUCGAUUAUCUGAACACUUAUAUAACCUGUUGACUAUUCGAGUAAUCAAACAUUCGGUCAAUCGGUAUUCGGAUAAUCCAAGUUUUGCUGUAUAAGUUUUAGUAAUAGAAUAAUUCAAGUAACAAUAACUGCGCUAUACUAUUAUGAUACAUUAAUAUUAAACAAUAAUAACAAUAAUAAUAAUAAUACUGAUAAUAUUAGAACGUAAUAAAAGCGUAUAUGUUGCACUAUGCACCUAUAUUGCAUUAUAAAGUUGCAGUAGAUUACUUCGUUAAGAUAUGAAAGAGCUGGAAUAUGAUAAAGAAAAGUAACCCAAUUCUAUUACAUGACAAAUCUACAAUGUAUGCAAAAUUUGCUAUAAGAGGUGGAUAAUUUUGCUUUGCAAUGUAGCAUUGAUUUAAAUUAUAUAAUUUCAAGAUA